ACUCUCACAUAAUGGUGCUGUUCUUCGCCUCUACAGCAAUCGAUCCUCCUGCCGUGAUCUACAUGGGCAAGGACAAGUUCGAGAAUGAGGACCUCAUAAAGUAUGCGUGGCCACAGGAUGUCUGGUUUCACGUCGACAAGCUCUCGUCCGCACAUGUUUACCUGCGUAUGCCCGAGGGCAUGACAUGGGACGCCAUCCCCGAGGCACUGCUCGUCGACUGCGCGCAGCUGGUCAAAGCCAACUCCAUUGAAGGCAACAAGAAAGAUAACCUCACGAUCAUAUACACCCCUGGAGACAACCUGAAGAAAACGGGAGACAUGGCCGUCGGACAAGUAUCCUUCCACAACGAUAGGCAGGUAAAGCGAGUGUAUGUUCUACAGCGUGAAAACCCGAUUGUAAAUCGGUUGAACAAGACCAAAGUCGAGCGCGAAGUUGACCACGAGCAGGAGCGCGUCGAGCGAAUAAAGCAAGAGACCGCCAUAAAACGCACUGCGGCCCAAGCAAAGAAAAAGGCAGAUGCGGAGCUUGCGAAGCAGAGAGAGGCGGAGAAGAUUGCGCGCUCGUAUGAUUCGCUCUUCUCAGGAGGCGACGACUUUGAAGAAGGCGAACUAGACAAGCCAAAGAAGUCUGUUAGGGAGCUCGAGGAGGACUUCAUGUAACAUCCGACCGCCUCACGCGAUCCUCAUGUGUACACUGCUUGUAUGUAACCACUAGCACCGAAUUGUCAGCAUAUCCCAAAC